ACAAGAAAAAAAGAAUAAGAUUUCAAAGUUCUUAAUAAAAUAAAUAGCAAACAGAUUUUUUUUUUUUCGUUGUUUCUUUUAAUGCAGUAAAAUUCCAAAAAAAUAACAAUUGCCGGCUAAAGCCGGCAAAUUCUCUGUCACUGUCUUUCUACAAUCUUUUUCUUUGCUUUCUCAAAUUUCACCACAUGUCUCACUGUCUUUCUCUUUGAAAUCGUCUCUUGUUUGCUUGCUAAUGUUAUUCAUUAAAGAACCAUUUGUGAUCUUUCAGACUAGAUCCAGAUAGAGAGACCAAUGGGGUGUGCACAGAGCAAGUCAUCAACAAAUUCACCAUCAAAUCAUUUACAGAAGCUGAAAAUGGAAAAUGGGUAUCUUUCAAAAGGAGGUCUUGUUGGUCAUAGAAGGUCCAUAGGGCAGAGGUUGAAUAACUCUGAUCCACUUCUCAAGAACUGCGAUGCUGGCUUUGAUAGUGGCGGAGGCAGGAAGCUAAGUGAUCGAAUUGGAGAGAAAGAUCGGAUUUUUGGUGGUGGAGAGGAAAGAACUUUGCUUGUUGAUGAAGGUAAGACUGUUAAUGGUUGGCCAAAGUGGCUCACUGAUAAUGUUCCUAAACAAGUUUUGGCUGGCUUGAUCCCAAAAAGUGCAGAGAAUUAUGAUAAGAUUGAUAAAGUAGGUCAGGGUACAUACAGCAAUGUGUAUAAAGCUCGAGACAGAGACACAGGAAAGAUUGUCGCAUUGAAGAAGGUCAAGUUUGACACUUCAGAACCUCAGAGUGUGAGAUUUAUGGCACGAGAGAUAAUGAUGCUACAAAAGCUUGAUCAUCCAAAUGUGGUAAAGCUUGAAGGAAUAGCCACAUCAAGAAUGCAGUAUAGUCUGUAUCUUGUUUUCGAUUUUAUGCAGUCGGAUCUAGCAACCAUCAUUACCCGUCCUGAAGGAAGACUUACAGAACCACAGGUCAAGUGCUAUAUGCAUCAGCUGCUUUCAGGGCUGCAGCAUUGCCAUGAAAGAGGAAUUUUGCAUAGAGACAUCAAAGGGUCUAAUUUGUUAAUUGAUAAAAAUGGGGUGUUAAAGAUUGCUGAUUUUGGGCUUGCAAAUUAUUACUCUCCUGAACGUAAUAAGCGUCCUCUGACUAGCCGGGUUGUGACACUUUGGUAUAGAGCUCCUGAGCUUUUGUUAGGUGCUACAGAUUAUGGAGUAGGUAUUGAUCUUUGGAGUGCUGGAUGCCUCUUGGCAGAGAUGUUUGCAGGCAGGCCAAUCAUGCCUGGAAGAACUGAGGUUGAACAGCUACACAGGAUUUUUAAACUAUGUGGUACACCAUCUGAAGACUAUUGGAAAAAGUUAAGGCUAUCUACAACUUUUCGACCUCCAAAAUCAUACAAGCCUAGUCUUUUUGAAGCUUUUGGGGAGUUUCCUGAAUCAUCAUUGGGUCUAUUGACCACUCUCCUUGCUCUAGAUCCUGCAUAUCGUGGCUCUGCAUCUUCGGCUCUCCAGAAUGAUUUCUUUUAUACUAGCCCUCUAGCCUGCGACUUAUCAGGUCUUCCUGUAAUUUGGCGAGAGGAAGAUGAACUUGCUCAAGCUAAUGAGCUGAGAAAGCACAGAAAUUCGAAAAUGAAACGAAGGUCUCGAACAUAUCGUGAGCAUAGAAGAAAAGAUAUAGAAGCUGAAAAACAAAACGCAGACUCCACACGUUCCAAAGAGGAGGAAGAAAAGAUUGAAAAGCCAAAACUCCGAAGUCAGGAGCCAAGAAGCAGUACUAGCAGCAGCUCCUCAGGGGCAAAGUUAUCGACUGGCAGGGCAGAAAGCCCAGCUUUCUUGCUCUCCCCUCCAAUUUCAUCUUCCAAGCAAAAGAUGUCUCCAAGAACACAAGGGCUGCCUCCCUUACCAUCAGCCUAUAAAUCCAGCAGCACCACCAAGUGCAACAAUGACACCAUGUACUACAGAUUUAAUCAAAUGAAUAGAUCUGCUUCCACAAGAGAAUUCAGAAAAUUGAAUCAAGGAAAACGUGUAGGAGUCUUUGCAAUGGAUAACUAGGCACCAUGCGAGAGUACCCACAUUGAGCUGCAAGUGCUGUAUUUUCAUGAAUUACUUUUUGGCCACAAUUUUAUAUUAUUUUUCCCCUGUUGGUGACAUUCAAGAAAGUGAAUACACUAAAUAUUAAUAUGUAUGAAGAGAGAUUAAUGCAUUA